AAUUUUGUUUCUCUUUUCAGAAAAUGUUCUCUUCGAUAACAAUCCCAUCGAUGUCCGGCUCCUGAUGGCGCUAAAUGGCGCCCACUUGUUCACCCUAAUUGUAACGGCAGGACUCCUCAUUACAACCUGCCCAAGGGCUCAAGAAGACAUAGAAGUCCACUGUCCGGACGUCCAUCAAAACCCAUCGUGUCCCUGUUACAGUUUUGAAGACGGAAUUUUUCUAGAAUGCCCAGCGGCGACAUCAAACUCACUAAGACAAGUUUUAAAAACCGUCCACGGUCCAAUCCAAUCAUUAAGCGUCUACGACCUGGACAAAUCCAUAACGAAAUUGUCGUCAGAUUUUUUCCCAGAUGGAACCGUCAUCAAACAUUUACAAAUUUCCCAAUCGAAUAUCGAGGAAUUACUCGAUGACGCAUUGUUCGUUUUAAAACCGGAAAUUGAAUCGAUUAGUUUAUUAUCGGGACAAUUAAAAGAAAUUCCCCAGAAAGCUUUUAGCGGUUUGCUAAAGUUAAUCGCUUUAGAUUUGGAAUCGAAUGAAAUUUCUGAUUUACCAAGUUAUAGUUUUUACGGGUUAAACUUGAUUAAAUUGAACGUGAAAGGGAAUAAAGUUUUAAAAAUUUCCGAGUAUGGUUUUGCUGGAUUAGAAGGAACUUUAACCGAAUUGGAUUUAUCCGAAAAUCGAUUACAAUAUUUUCCAAUAACAUCAUUAAGGCGAUUGGAUCGAUUAAAAAUAUUAAAAUUAGCUUGGAACGAAAUUAAUAGGAUACAAGAUGAUGGUUACUCAAGAUUGGACGCUUUAUUAUAUUUAGAUUUGAGCUCAAAUAAUUUCGAAGAUUUAGGCGAAGAAUGUUUUAAACCAACCCCGUCCGUAAAAACUUUAAGUUUAUAUUACAACAUCAUCGAAAGCGUCCACCCAAACGCGUUUAUUUCUUUAAUUAAUUUAGAAUCGAUCGAUUUGAGUCAUAAUAAAAUCGUCUUUUUGGAUUCGCAAACGUUUCAAUCGAAUAAAAAUUUGAGGUCGAUCGAUUUAAGUCAUAAUCACAUCCAUUAUAUUAACGGUUUAUUUUCGAGAUUACCAGAACUUAAAGAACUUUUAUUAUCGGAGAAUAACGUCCUUGAAAUACCGUUAGAUGCUUUUACUGAUUCGGAAAAUAUCACGAUUAUUUAUUUACAACAAAACGCAAUAAGACAAAUUCAUCCAAACUCGUUGACAACUUUAAUUAAUUUAUCUCAACUUCAUUUGAGUUCGAAUUUUAUCCCGAUUAUCCCGAAAGAUUUAUUUAUUGAAAAUAAAAAUUUAACAUCGUUAAGUUUAGAUUCAAACUUAAUCGUUGAUUUGGAUCCAGGAACUUUUGAUAAGACCGUGUCUUUAAAAGAGAUUCGGCUUCAUAAUAAUCGUAUCAAAACGAUUUAUCGCGGAGUUUUUGACCCUUUACCGUCGUUGUUAGAGCUUCACCUACAAAAUAAUUUGAUUUCAACGAUUGAUGUUGGCUCAUUUCGAACGUUACAAAGUUUACAGCACGUCAAUUUGCAAGGGAAUGAAAUCGUCGAAUUGGAAGACGUUUUUAUGAGAGAAUCACCGUCGUUAAUUUCAAUACAAUUGGAUUCGAAUCGAAUCGUUUCGUUAAGUAACGAUUCAUUAAAAGGACAAUCGAGCGUUCAAAUAAUGUGGUUAAGUCAUAAUAAAUUAAAAAAAUUAGAUAGGGCUUUAUUUCGGGAUUUAUUAUUGAUACAGAGAGUUUAUUUAAAUAAUAAUAGUAUUAAUACGAUUGAGGAUAAGACUUUCGAACCGAUGCAAGCUUUAAAAUUCCUCGAUUUGAGUAUAAAUCAAUUAAAAGUUAUAACCACGACUACGUUCGCUGAAUUACACGAUUUAGAAGAACUUUAUUUAGCUGGGAAUGGAAUCGAAAUGAUCGAACAGAAAGCUUUGGUUAAUUUGAAAAAGUUAAGGGUUUUAGAUUUAUCGAAUAAUUUAUUGAGUGUUCUCCAAGAGGAUGUUUUUCAAGAACGUUUACCGAUAAGGUUUGAUUUGAAAUUAUAACAAUAAUUUAUAUCUGCCAAAAAGUUUGCAACACCCUUUUGAUUUAUAAAUUUGGC